GGGCGGGGAGCGCGGGGCGGCAGGAGCGGUGUGCGGAGCCCGGCCUGGGAAGCGGCGGCCGCCGGGGAAGAGCCGGAGCUGGGAGGCAGCAUGAGGAGAAUGGAGAAUUGGUCAUAGCCCACGAGGGAAAGCGGCGGCCCGGCAGUUGGAUGAUGGCCUCUUUGUCCUCCUUGGCUUCAGGCCCUGGCCUCGAUGGGCUGACCCUGGAGCCCGCCCAUCUGCGUCCAGAGCUCCUAGAUGCCUGUGCCGACCUCAUCAACCAGGAGUGGCCUCGGAGUCGAGCGUCGCGCCUGCACUCGCUGGGCCAGUCUUCAGACUCCUUUCCCCUGUGCCUGGCCCUGCUGGGGCCACCCCCUGCCCCUGGGGCCUUGCCCACGGUCCUGGGCCAUUCCCGCCUCUCCCGGGUUGCUGCCCAUGAUCGCAGUCUGUUGGUGGAAACUGUGGUCGUGGCUCGGGCUCUUCGGGGUCAGGGGUUUGGCCGACGCCUCAUGGAAGCCACCGAGGCCUUCGCCAAGGCCCGGGGCUUUCGGCGGCUGCACCUGACUACUCAUGACAAGCAGCAUUUUUAUGCCCACCUGGGCUACAAGCUUGGGGAGCCAGUUCAGGGUGUUGCCUUCAGUAGCCCUCUGUCUGCCGCUAUCCUCCAGGCCUUCUCCCAGCCUGCCAGCCCUCCAGAGCCUAAAGCCCCCAGCCCCUGCAGGAAGACUGCAGGGACCCCCUCUCCUGACCCCCACCCUAGGCCCAAUCUUGCCCCUGCACCACCACCCCCUCCGCCUUUACCUGCCCCCCUUCUCAGCCCUCCAGCUCUCUCCCCUACAGGCCCUCCACAGCAGAGCCUAGUGGAGACACCAUACAAGGACAUCCGGGGCCGCCCUAUAUUUUGGAUGACAAAGGAGAUCUGAUGGGGUUGGCCUCCUGGCCUUUCAGCUGAGGAUAGAAAGAAGAAAGGAGUGCAGGGAAGGAUUAUGGCCAGAAGAGAUAGCUGAGAAGUUGCCCCCAAAUCUUUUCAGUGCCUGAAACCUGUUUCCUUGGGGGUGCUGACAGCCUGGCUGUCAGUGAAGGCAGAAGAUGGGGCCCAUCCCAUUUUUCUUUUUGGGGGAGCAAGGAGGGGUUGGGGGCUCCAAUCUCAGAGUGCCACAAAUAUGCCCAACAGAGGAACGGAAGGAUGAGAGGCCACAGAGAUGAUCAUGGCAUACCAGUAGUUUCUGUAGCACUUUAAGGUUCACAAAACACCUCUAUCAUAGUGCCCCUGCGAGGGAGGGGCUGCACAUAUGCAUUGUUAUCCCCAUUUUCUAAGGAAGAAAGAGUCCUAGAGCAGCAGAUUAGACCUGCGGAGGGGCAAAGCUGGUAUUCGAGCCCAGGCUUCUCUUCCAAAUCUGGCACUCUGCCGUACCUCAGACACUGUGCCAGCUGCCUCACAGAUCCUAAGCUCAGAGACUGUGUCAGGGCCUGUGUUGAAUCUGAACAAUGGGCAAAGGUCUCCGUACACAGUAGGUGCUCAAUAAGUGUCUGUUGGAUUUGUUAAAUUGCAAAGCAGCAUGGCUCUGUGUGAGUAGCACUGAAUAAAGCAGCCCCAUCUCGGGGACCACAUGGC